CUCUCUCUCCAUCACCUUAAAGUCUUAUAUCAGCUAGCGUUCCUUGGCCUUCAUAAACAAGUAGCUUUCUUCCUCCUUUCCUCUCUGUUGUGGCCUUCAUAUCCUCUCUUAUCAACACUCACUAGCUUUCACAAACCAGUAAGUCCAUCCAUUGCUUGAAGACGUAUACUCUCUCUUCUCUCUCAUGGGCAACACUACAUCAUGCACACCUUAUGCCAUCUCUACCCGGUCCAUCAAGGUCAUGGAUAGCAAUGGUGGAGUUGAAGAGUACAUGCACUCACUGAGAGCAGCCGAGCUUAUGGUCGAGAACCCUGGUCAAUUUGUGUGCGACUCAAACUACCUCAAGGUGGGAUGCCGGAUCCCCGGUCUGGUGGCCGACAAGGAGCUCGAGCCGCGCCGCCUCUACUUUCUCCUCCCCAUGGACAUGCUGUACUCUGUGCUCACCGAGGAGGAGAUGGCCUCCAUCUCAUGCAAGGCAUCUAGUGCAAUAAAGAAGGGAGGGGGGUCUAAGAACAUUGGAAGAAGAAUCCUUCCUGUUCUCGGUGACUUCUGCUUGUUUCCUACAGGAGCCAAGCAGGUGAAAGAAACAAGGGGGAGUGUCAAAAACGUGGGUGAGAUGUUGUCGACGGAACGAUCUUGGAGGCCGGCAUUAGACACUAUUGAGGAGGUUCCAUGAAUGAAACUAAUAUGGAGGAAGUGCUGGCCAAGCAAUGAAUGAAUUUUUUUCCUAUCCUUUAUUUUGUUAAAUCCUUAUAAGGAUUUCUUCUGAUGUAUGUAUUUCUUUUCUUUUUAAUGGUUUCUACCAAUGUACGUAAUAUGGAGAGUUAGACAACUAACAUUUUCUUGGAUUGAGUUGAGAAUUAACUUACAUUUUCCUGGC